AUGGCCGGAGGAGCAGUCGCAUCAGGGUCAGGAAUCGGCAGUCAUGACGGUCCGAAAAAUAAUAUGUUUGGCGUCUUCCUCGUCGCCUUCGCCGCUUUUGGCGGCGUGCUUUACGGUUAUGACACAGGUACGAUCGGCGGUGUCAAGGUUAUGAAUGACUGGCUCUGUACUUUCGGGACGCCGACACCGGGGGGAACGGCUCCCUGCGCGAUCUCCACGUCCGACGAGUCACUCGUCGUUUCCAUCCUCUCCGCUGGCACAUUUUUCGGCGCGCUCUUUGGUGCACCCCUCGCCGACUGGGUUGGACGUCGUCCAGGCCUUAUGUUCGCCUGCCUUGUCUUCUCCGUUGGCGUCGCUAUGCAAUGCGGGUCGCGCGAGGGACAGUGGGCUCUGUUCAUAUUGGGCCGUGUGGUCGCCGGCCUUGGUGUCGCUCUCGUGUCCACGAUCAUUCCCCUGUAUCAGUCCGAGACUGCCCCGAAGUGGGUCCGCGGCGCCGUCGUCUCCUGCUACCAAUGGUUUAUCACCAUCGGGCUUCUGCUGGCGUCUAUAAUCAACAACGCUACUCAAGACCGCCCGAACCAUUCCUCGUAUCAGCUUCCCAUUGGCCUCCAGUUCAUUUGGGCCUUCAUCCUCUGCUUCGGGAUGAUCUUCCUUCCCGAGUCACCCCGGUUCUUCGUGCGCAAGGGACAAGAUGAGAAGGCAGCCAAAGCGCUUGGGUUUUUACUUUCCCUGCCGCCCACCGACCCGAUAGUAGAAGGUGAGAUGGCUGAGAUUUGUGCGAAUUGGAUCGAGGAACAGCAGAUGGCGGGCACGAGCUGGUUCGCCCUGUUCAGCUGGGGUCGCUCGCGUAUUCUUUUCCGCACCUUCGUGGGCACAUGGCUGCAAGCUUGGCAACAGCUUACAGGGAUCAACUUUAUCUUCUACUACGGCACGACGUUCUUCCAGAACUCAGGAAUCCCUAACCCCUUCCUAAUCUCUGUUGCCACGAACAUCGUCAACGUUUUCAUGACCAUUCCUGGUAUCCUCGCCGUAGACCGGCUCGGGCGCCGAACUCUGCUUAUUUGCGGCGCGCUCCUCAUGCUUAUCUGCGAGUUCCUCAUCGCCAUCAUCGGAGUGACGAUUUCCGUGGAGAACCAAUCUGGACAAAAGGCACUCGUAGCCCUCGUAUGCAUCUACAUCGCCGGGUUCGCCUCCACAUGGGGGCCGAUCGCCUGGGUGGUGGUGGGCGAGAUCUUCCCGCUCAACGUUCGUGCAAAGGGCGUUGCUAUAUCCGUCGCCUCUAACUGGCUCUGGAACUUUGGGAUCGGGUACGCUACGCCUUACUUGGUCGAUACUGCCCCGGGAGAUCUGGGCUUGGGACCGAAGGUAUUCUUCAUCUGGGGUUCUACUUGCACUGCCGCUAUGCUGUUCGCCUUCUUCUUUGUUCCUGAGACAAAGGGCCUAUCCUUCGAGCAAGUGGAUAUCUUGAUCCAGCACAGCUGGCCUGUCACCUCGAACCGCUACCGCAUCAAGAUGAUCAACGAUAACGUCCAGGCCACUGACGGGGAAGUGAUGGCGGAAGCGUUUGGGGAGAAACAGGUGCCAGGCCAGACUACCCCGCCUGAGAUGAGGGAGACGGUAUAA